CCCUACAUCUCUCCUGUGAGGAGGGAGGCGUGGUUAUUAGUCAAGAUGGUGGUAGCGAUGUCUUUGGCCAAGAUCUGGAGGCCGGGCCGUGUCCUGGGCCAGGCUGCUCUCCUGCUGCUGCGGCGGCCUGGGGUUCGGGGCUUGGCUAGAUCCCAACCCAGCAGGCAGCAGCAGCAGUUCCCAUCCCUGGACGACAAGCCCCAGUUCCCAGGGGCCUCGGCGGAGUUUGUAGACAAGCUUGAGUUCAUCCAACCCAAUGUCAUCUCUGGUAUCCCCAUCUACCGUGUCAUGGACCGCCAGGGCCAGAUCAUCAACCCCAGUGAAGACCCCCAUCUGCCCCAGGAGGAGGUACUGAAGUUAUACAGGAGCAUGACGCUGCUCAACACCAUGGACCGAAUUCUCUAUGAGUCCCAACGGCAGGGCCGGAUCUCCUUCUACAUGACCAACUAUGGUGAGGAAGGGACACAUGUGGGGAGUGCCGCCGCCCUGGACCGUACAGACCUGGUGUUUGGCCAGUACCGGGAGGCAGGUGUGCUCAUGUACCGGGACUACCCUCUGGAACUGUUCAUGGCCCAGUGCUACGGCAACGUGAAUGACCCAGGCAAGGGGCGCCAGAUGCCCGUUCACUAUGGCUGCAAGGAGCGCCACUUCGUCACCAUCUCCUCUCCACUGGCCACGCAGAUCCCUCAGGCGGUGGGGGCAGCCUAUGCUGCCAAGCGGGCCAAUGCCAACCGGAUCGUGAUCUGUUACUUCGGUGAGGGGGCAGCCAGUGAAGGGGAUGCCCAUGCCGGCUUCAACUUUGCUGCCACCCUGGAGUGUCCUAUCAUCUUCUUCUGCCGGAACAAUGGCUAUGCCAUCUCCACACCAACCUCCGAGCAGUACCGCGGGGAUGGCAUUGCGGCUCGAGGCCCUGGGUAUGGCAUCCUGUCAAUCCGUGUGGACGGCAACGAUGUGUUUGCAGUGUACAAUGCCACCAAGGAGGCCCGACGGCGGGCUGUGGCUGAGAACCAACCCUUCCUCAUUGAGGCCAUGACCUACAGGAUUGGGCACCACAGCACCAGUGAUGACAGCUCAGCAUACCGUUCGGUGGACGAGGUCAAUUACUGGGACAAGCAGGACCACCCAAUCUCCAGGCUGAGGCUAUAUCUGCUGAGCCAGGGUUGGUGGGAUGAGGAGCAGGAGAAGGCCUGGAGGAAGCAGUCACGGAAGAAGGUGAUGGAGGCCUUUGAACAGGCUGAGCGGAAGCUAAAGCCCAACCCAAACCUGCUCUUCUCCGACGUGUACCAGGAGAUGCCCGCCCAGCUCCGCAGGCAGCAGGAGUCCCUGGCACGACAUCUGCAGACCUAUGGGGAGCACUACCCCCUGGACCACUUUGACAAGUGAGGCCCUAGCCCCCCUGAGGUGGUCCUGCUCUGAGUGGAGCAGGGGUGCUGGCAGGAUGCUGCCCUCCCUAGUCAGUGCUGCUAACAUGCUCAGUGGCCAGGGUGGCGCUGCAAACAGUCAUGGGGUGACUCCCACUCCCCAUUCCUGCUCCUCCAGGCUACUUCACUGGGGCACAAUGUUUGCAGCUAUUACUGAGGCCCCAUCACCCCCUUCACCUGUUACAGUGCCUUUUAGAGGUGGGACCCAGGCCAGGCAAGACCCUCUGGGCAGGUGGCCCUGGAUCUUGCCCAGAGUAUGAGCUGGUCAUCAGAGUGAAUAAACUGUGGUCCUGCCUUUGA